UUUUAUUUCCGGGGUCAGGCAGCGCCUGUUUAGCAGAUAGAGGAGAGGUUCAUGUGUGUGUGGAUGUAGUCUGUGGAGCGCUGUGAUGCCCCUGGAGGUCAGAUGGCCGUUCCCACAAUGCCCUGCUUUGGCAUGGAGGAUCUCCAGCUCACUGAUCAUGGGGAUGGUGGGCUCCUAUUCCUACUUCUGGACCAAGUACAUGAACUGCUUGACGGUCCACAACCACGAGGUUUUGUUGGACCUGAUCGACCGGCGGCCCUCGGACACGCCCCUCAUCACUCUGUCCAAUCACCAGUCUUGUAUGGAUGACCCGCACAUCUGGGGUGUGCUGAAGUUCAGACAGCUGUGGACCUUCAACAAGAUGCGCUGGUCUCCGGCAGCGUCGGACAUCUGUUUCACAAAAGAGCUGCACUCCAGAUUCUUCAGUCGUGGAAAGUGCGUUCCGGUCUGCAGAGGCGACGGCGUUUACCAGAAAGGGAUGGACUUUAUUCUGGAGAAAAUGAACAGAGGAGACUGGGUGCACAUUUUUCCUGAAGGCAGAGUCAACAUGACUGAAGAAUAUAUACGGUUAAAGUGGGGCGUUGGUCGACUCAUAGCGGAGUGCUCCCUUAAUCCGAUUAUCCUGCCGCUCUGGCAUGUGGGUUUGAAUGACGUUCUGCCAAAUGUGGCGCCCUACAUUCCUCGGACCGGCAAGAGAAUCACCGUCCUGGUGGGGAAACCGUUCAGCGUGAAAGAGCUCGUUGAAUCCCUCCGAGCCGAGAACAAGAGCCAGUUGGAAAUGAGGAAGACCUUGACUGACUUCAUCCAGGAGGAGUUUCGGAGCCUGAAAGUCCAGGCCGAGGCCCUCCACGGACAAGUCCAUACCACGUCCUGAGUCCAGAGUCCUAAGACCUGAGUCCUGGUCACUCCUCACAGCCAACAAGACCGAGGAUCCUUUACCCUAAACCGAGGGUAAAACCUCUAAAACCGGACGUCCACGCACGCACGCACGCACACUUCCACACUGGACAGUUUGUGGAUCACUAUCGGUGGAAAAAUUAACUGAGCAUCCAUUACUGCUGAUGAGACAACUUUGUAAAAGCAUGUUUUUCUUUAAUUUAGCAUAUUCAGUCACUGGGUUUGGCUCCGAUCCCGCUGCCGCCCAAAAACAGGGUUGAAACGAUAGAUCGAUGGACGAUUAAUUGAAUUCAUACCAAUCAAUGCUGCGUGACCUCGAAGCAGCCAGUUGGUCCCUGAAGAUUGAAAGAUCUCAAGCAUUUGUGUGGCGUGAAGCACAUUCAGUGUCACUUAGUGAACUGUUUAUUUUAGCUUCAGCGAGCUGUGCCAAUGCAGGAAGUAGUUUGACCUUCAUGGACUGUUCAUGCAGCAGACUGGAGUCACCGAUCUGCAAUUCAUGUUUGCAAUUUUUAUUACUAACUGCGAUCUUUCCCGAACCUUGAAGUUACAAUCUGGAAGAUCUCCGUUGGGUUCUCUUUGGCGCCGCCUGUGGCGAUUAGCGGUAGUUGCAGCUGUGUCUUGUCGCCUUUUAGCAAGAUCGGUUCGAUACGACAGCAAACACUCGUUGAGCAGCUACUUUUAUCAGAAAUAUAGCAGAAGACAAGCAUCUGUUUACAUUGCAGCCAAAUAAACUCAGGUGCUUUUUGAUAAAGGAAUCUGUCAAUAAUCAGCCUUUUUCUGUCCGUCGUGCCCCGAGCCACAGUCGUCUGACUUCCUGCUGCACGCGGUAAUAUUUAAAAAACAUCCACAAACGUUCUUUGUCCACGUUGACCCUCGUGUUUCCUCUGGUUGUUUCACAAUAAAAGCCAGUCAACACUUUGAAUAUGAGCCAGCAGCAGGAGAUGUUGUGUUAGAAUUAGCAGCGACUCAAACCAGCGGCUGCAGGAGAGCGAAUAAUCUCAUGUCAACGGUAACACUGGUGCUGCACUGUUUCCUGUGGAGUCCUCCUGCUUAAGAAGGCAAUUUAAAAAUCCGGGGCGGGAACGGCGGACUAUUAGUAUUUAGAUAUUUUUUUCUCUUGGAUACGGACACAAUAGCGGUCCAGACCAGAUAUACAUAUAUAUUAUAUAUAUUUUAUAUAUAUAUUCCAAAUGAUGUCACCACUAAUUUAAAUUGGCAGUUGAUGCUAUUGUACAACAUUACAAUAUCAAUAUGAUCAUCUUCGAUACUUUGACCGGCUCCAGUUGCAGUCAGAGAUAUUCUGUAAGACUCUUUCACAUGGAACUGUUUCUUCUUUUAUUUCGCUGACGGUGCGAUCCUCAGGUGACUCGUUCCUUUAUUUGAUCUGUGAAAGCAGCACAUGCGGAGCAGGUUUGUGGUAUUAUUGGGCCGUUAAUUAAGCUCAUUUACAAUUAUGAAGUUGGAGCGUUUGAUGAAUGUGUCUCACAAAAAACAGUAAUAGAAAGUUCAGAUAAAAGCACGAGCAUGUUGGUGCAGAAAUAACAUUUAAAAACUGAGGAUUUCAUGGAACAGUAUUGGUGUUGUCUGGCGUUCAGGUUGCAUCAACCUGUUUGAGGAGAACUUCACUUCACACCAUGAAAUACUAGAUCUGAGUAUUUAGGGUGCUCCUCUGUGCACAUGGAGGGAUUUAUGAUCUAAUGAAGGGAAUCGGUCAGCGCUGUACUGGUCAACGUGUAUUCAUCAGAAGCAGGCAUGCAGAGUGAAUGAUUGUUACUUUAAUGGUUGUUUUACCGUCACAUGUUUCACUUCUGUUCUUCACAACGUCACCGUGUUUCCUCGCUCUGUCAUCGCUCUUGUACAUUCAAAUGAAGUCAUUUCUCGGCAAUAGAUCAUUUCUUUUAGUAUUCAAAGUAUUAAACCGCUAAGUUUUCUUUAGAUCCUUUCGAAUGCUGCCCCGUUACAGAUGUACAUAACUUAUUUAAUCACAGGCUUUUAUAAUGGAGAUGAUUUAUGAAUGUUAUGGCCUGACUGUGAUUCUUACUCUUUCCUGCUGUAUGUGAACGCCAAUAAAUGCUCAACUUUUACACAU